AUGACCAGUACCACGACUGCAACCACGACAACUGCGGCGACAACGACCACAACCACGACGACCACGACCACGACGACUAGCACUGGGACUACGACAACGACUUCUCCGACAACAACGACAACCACGACGGCAACUUCUAUGUUCAUUACCCCACCCAACUACAGCUCACUGGCAUCAACCUACUAUGUUGCUUCCGCGGCGAGUUCACCAGCGGCUGGGACACUAUGCGCAAGUGCGAACGUCGCUUCCACGAUACCCUCGUAUCCAAUUCGGGCUGGAGCAUACAACUUCAGAAAAGUCGCACUUUCAAGUAAUCCCCUCGUGGUCUACGAAAUUUCCUGUUUCAUGUCGCCUCUCGCUGGUACUGUUACUUCAAGCACCAACUUUGUCAAUUCUCUUGAAUACUGCAUGGAUCUUUGCACUACAGCGAAUGCCAACUCGGCGGGCAGCUGCACACUUGUCCAGUGGGAGACAAACAACAACAACAAAUGUUCGCUAUAUACUUCGCAGAAGGCUUGCAACAGUGGUGUGGCAGGCGCUAGUUGUUUCCCGAACGAUAUCGUGCUCAAUGGCGUCCGGUCUGCCAGACUGCUCACCCCAACCGCUCCAAACGUUACAGAUGCCACAUUCCUGCAAGCACCAUCUAGCCUGUACAAUCUGGACCUCUGUGGCGGAACAAGCCUCAACUACUACGAUAGAGCAUUUAUCGGUCAUGUCCACUCGGAUAAUACAAUCCGCAUUGGUCUCGCGGACGUUUGGUUGCUGACCUGCCUGGGCUACUCGUACUAUAGCGUUGGUGGCGUAACAAGUGCGAGCUUGUUGAACACUGCGACCGUUGCGGCAAACGUGGGCAUGUCACUGCCGACCACGGCAGACGACUGCAUGCGAGUUUGCGCCUUUUAUAACGAUAAAAACUCGGACAAUGCGUGUCGCAUGUGGCACUUCCUGAACGACAACUCGUGCAAUCUCUACAGCAGCCGCGGCAAUAUUGCAAACGGCGCAAGUCCGACCUUUGUCAGCGCCAACAUCGUCGCCGCAGGUCUUUAUCGCGGCAGCACCGGCAACAUGUAUCCGGCCCUCAGCUACAAGCGCUCCUUGCCGCCGAGCGAAGGCUAUGGUCGUCACCACGCAAGAGAUACGCUUGCCGAAGUCGACGGGAUUGCAGCCGAAUACAUCGUCCCCUUCUACAAGCCCAAGGCUGCCAAGCGCCCAAAGAAUUGA